CAACAAUUAUGAGAUUUAUGUGAAUUGAAAAAUAAAUAUCCAUUCUUGGAGAAAAAUGAAUCUAUCGGCUCUAUCUGCGUCCGUAGAGCGGGCAACAAUGGCCGCCUCUAAUGUCACGAUGAAGUGCCCGCCGGCGGCAGCCGCCAUGAAGGCGACGUCGAACGGUUCGUUCCAAGGCGAGAAUCCUCUAGACUCUGCACUUCCUCUCCUCAUCGUACAGAUAUGUCUGGUCGUCGCGCUCACUCGAACCCUCGCCUACCUUCUCCGACCACUCCGCCAGCCCCGCGUCAUUGCCGAGAUUAUUGGAGGGAUUCUACUGGGUCCAUCUGCUUUGGGCCGCAACAAAACGUAUUUGAACGCUGUGUUCCCAGCAAAAAGCCUUACAGUUUUGGACACCCUGGCCAACCUGGGUCUCCUGUUCUUCCUUUUCCUGGUAGGCAUUGAGCUUGACCCCAAAUCUCUCCGUCGGACAGGACAGAAAGCACUUUCUAUUGCAGUUGCUGGAAUUAGUUUACCUUUUGCAUUAGGGAUUGGGACAUCUUUUAUACUUCGACAAACAAUAGCCAAAGGGGUCAGUCAAGGCCCUUUUCUGGUGUUCAUGGGGGUUUCCCUGUCUAUUACUGCUUUCCCGGUUUUGGCCCGGAUCUUGGCUGAGCUCAAGCUUUUGACAACGGAUGUUGGGCAAAUGGCCAUGUCUGCUGCUGCAGUGAAUGAUGUUGCUGCUUGGAUUUUGCUUGCUCUUGCUAUUGCCCUGUCCGGUCCGGGUCAUCAUUCUCCCUUUAUUUCAUUAUGGGUACUUCUUUGCGGAUGUUGUUUCGUGAUACUUUGCAUACUUAUUGCCCCUCCAAUAUUCAAACGGAUGUCAUCACGUUGUUCUGAGGGCGAGCCAGUGCACGAGACAUAUGUUUGUGCUAUAUUAGCAGCCGUAUUGGCUGCCGGAUUUGUCACUGAUACUAUUGGAAUUCAUGCACUCUUUGGUGCUUUUGUGAUUGGAGUUCUUGUUCCAAAAGAGGGCCCAUUGUCUGGUGCCCUAGUGGAAAAAGUUGAAGAUCUGGUUUCAGGGCUAUUGCUUCCAUUGUAUUUUGUGUCAAGUGGGUUGAAGACCAAUGUAGCUACCAUUCAAGGGGCUCAGUCAUGGGGGCUUCUUGUUUUGGUCAUUUUCACAGCAUGUUUUGGAAAGAUUGUUGGGACUGUUCUGGUUUCAACCUUGUGCAAGAUGCCUUUCCAGGAGGCGGUUACCCUCGGUUUCUUGAUGAACACCAAAGGUCUAGUUGAGCUCAUCGUCCUUAACAUUGGAAAAGAUAGAGGGGUAUUGAAUGAUCAAACCUUUGCUAUUAUGGUUUUGAUGGCCUUGUUCACUACCUUCAUCACAACACCUAUAGUUGUAUUAGUAUACAGACCGGCUAAACUAGCUGUGACGAAGUACAAGCAAAGAACAUUGCAAAGGAAUGAUCCAAUCAAACAACUUCGAAUCUUGACAUGUUUCCAUAGCCUCGGAAACAUUUCUUCAUUAAUAAAUUUAAUCGAGGCUUCCCGUGGGACCGAGAAGAGUGGAGGGUUCCGUGUCUAUGCAAUGCACCUCAUGGAGCUUUCUGAGAGGUCGUCUGCAAUUCGGAUGUGCCACAAGGCUAGCAAGAAUGGACUUCCAUUUUGGAACAAAGGGGAGUCUACGGAUUCCAAAGAAGUUGUGGUUGCAUUUGAGACAUUUGAACAUCUUAGCAAGGUUACUAUACAACCAUGCACGGCAAUCUCUGCAAUGUCUAGCAUGCAUGAAGAUAUCAUUGCAGGCGCAGAGCGAAAGCGGGUUGCUAUGAUCAUCCUCCCAUUCCACAAGCACGAAGGCCAUCACCCCGAAGGUAAACGCAAUGAGCUCAGGCAUGUGAACCGAAAGGUUCUUGAGGGGGCCCCAUGUUCAGUUGGUGUCCUUGUGGACAAGGGCACUCUUGGUGGAACAUCUCAUGUAUCCGCUAGCAAUGUUGAUUACACAAUUACUGCAUUGUACUUUGGGGGCCACGAUGACCGCGAGGCUCUGGCUUAUGGGGCCCGCAUGGCCGAGCACCCUGGGAUUUGUUUACUCGUGGUUCGUUUCAUACUGAACCCUGAGGCCAAUGGGGCUAGUGUCAGAAUAGAUGUAUCUCCUCCUGAAACAGUCAAGUCCAAUGAUGAUGACGAAAAGUUCCUAGCUAAUUUCAACCAGAGAAACACAGGGAACAGGUCGGUGAAAUACGAGGAGAAGAUGGUGAAUAAUGGCGCAGAAGCGAUUGAAGUGAUUCGGGGAUACAACCAUUGCAAUUUGUUUUUAGUGGGACGAAUGCCUGAGGGACCGUUAGUCGCGUCCAUGAUAAAAAAGAGGGAAUGCCCAGAAAUGGGACCCUUGGGAAACUUGUUAAUUUCGAAGGAGUUUUCAACAGGAGGAGGAGGAGGGGCAUCUGUUUUGGUGGUUCAGCAGUUCCGGAAAGAGCUCUCGCGAGAUUCUAUGAAUUCUCUCAAGGAAGGUGACUCCACAGAAGGUGAUUACGAUUCAUCCUAAAGGUGUAACAACAGCAUUUCACAACUCAUGUGUUUUCACUGACCAUAUACCGGUAUACAUACUCUCAAGGUUUGUCUUUCAUUUCUUUCAUGUGAAUAAUACAAACUGAAUACACACUCUAAAUCACCUGGAAAAUCUCCGUAUCAUUUCUUUUUUGAGCGCUAAUAACUUUAUUACAAGUGU